AUGAGCGACAAAUGCCAUUUGGAUUACACGCGCAAUCCUCUAUAUGAACCCUUUCUUUUCCAUGUCCCAUACAGAAGUGGAUGCAACGUGAAACGUGAGAAGCAAAGCGAUCCGCCGGGUAUUAAUUAUCAUGUGGUGAUCAUUGUUCAGCAUCAUUAUCUGUUUCUCACAGAAGCCGAUAAGGCAUACAGCGUCAAUUGCUUCUACCGCGGAAAUUACGAAAAUGUUGUGCAGGAUAUGGAAGUCAGUGGUUUGUCACCAACGAAACUUUCCAACAGCGAGGUUGUGCCGGACUGUGUGUAUGAAGUGUUGAAGAAUUCAGUGGCUGGGGAGCCAAAGAAUACGGUAUGCUCGUUCAUUCCUGUCUUGUUCGUGAUCCUGGUGGCAUCGCGUUUGAGAUCAUCGAUGAACGGGGUACCUGCAUUCAAAUUUGCCGAACAAUUAGUCGUGCAUUUUCAAUGCAAAAUAACCCUGUGCACCAAGGAGGAAAAUGGCUGUGAGGGAAUAACGCCGCCCGCUUGUAAACUUAUCACCAAUCCAAAUGUCGACACAAUCACCGGGGAUGAUGAUGGUGGCAAAGCUCCAGGGAUAUCGUAUGGAGAAGAGCCCUCGGAAAAUGAUUCUGGUGGGGGUGAUGGUGCUCCAGCACCACAGCCAUCUGCUCCGCCAGCUGAUGAGCAGUUGCAAUACGAAGUAACACAGGAAGGUAUGUCCAUGCAAAAUGCGUUAUGA